GACGGCAAGAGCAACAGAGGAAUCGGCAAAAAGCAAUUGUUCAAUCGCGCAAACGAGCAUUACUGAGUACCGGCAGGCGCAAGGGACAUAUACACACAAGUCCACCUGGUCAGCUCUCGUGUUGCAGGAAUUGUGCAACCCAACAUCACUCAGUCGAUUGCCACCAACAAUGAUGACGAAGGCAUCAUGACUGGCCAGGACGUCACGUUAGACGAUGGCAAAGAAAGCGACUAUGGAUCCGACUUUGGAACAGACGACGAAGCCACCCUCUCAAUCCUCCUCACCGAAGCCGUAUCGCAGCCCUCUGCCUCGGUAACCAACAAUGUUGAAGACCUGCCGGGCACGCUCUCUUUGUCGCCUUUCGCCAGAGGCACUAGGCGCAAAUAUGUCGACGAUGAGGGCGUCGUCUUCGAGAUGGUCUCUCGUGAUGGUCCCGUCGGUGAAGCUUCAAUCGAGAUCGAAUACGACGAGCAGAAUCCUCGUCCAGAUGCAGCCCGUCUGUCAGUGCCAUCGCGUGAAGUAGACACUGGUCCCGAACAACCAGAUCCCUUGGACCCACGAUCCCCGAUUGACCGCUUUCGCACCCCACCCAAGAAGAAUCUCUCCGUAACCGAUAUCGUAUCACCUGCCUGGUGCGAGCUGCAAUACUGGUACAGCUUGACCAAAUAUGGAAGAGUCCGACGAACCGCAGCCAUGAAGCAGGGCUCCUCGGUUCACAAGGUUCUUGAAGAGCAAGCUGCUACGGUUCUGCCUGUUGACACGAUAAAGCUACUUGUCGAGAGGAUUCUUAAAGAAGAGUUGAAGGCAGUUGUGCCAAUCGACACGGUCCAGCAGGUCGUGCAAAAGGCACUCGACCAAGAGAAGCGUACCGCAGUGCCUUUGGACGUUGUUGGAGGUCUGAUACACCAAGUCCUGGAGAAGGGAAAGCUCGAGCCAGUCGCCGUGGACACUGUGAGUGCAUCAGUACACAAAGCUACUGGAGCCCAAGUACAAAAGGCUAUUUCUGUGGACGUUGAGACGAAAGAGGAUGCCUUUGGCUUGCGGAUCUGGAACAUUAUACAAAAUCUACGUAUGCUCAGGACGACUGGAAUGGCUCGUGAAUUUGAAACUUGGGCUGUCAUCGAAGGUCAGGUCGUCAACGGCAUUAUCGACGAGCUCAGUUACGAUUGCCCCGAUGAAGAUUUCGAGGCGGACAUUAUUCAGAAGAGAGAAGAAACCAAAGCACCCAAGCGAGGGAGGCCAAAGAAGCAAAAGGUCGUUCCCGAGAGUCAGACAAAUUUGAAUACUUUCUUUACUGGAUCUCAAAAAGCCGAAACCGACGACAGCGCAUGGCUUGGAAACCCACAUCACAAUCGCAGGAUUUACAUCACGGACGUCAAGACUCGUGGUUCGAGAAGCAUGCCAAAGGGCGAGGCCUCGUUCCGACCGACCUCGAUGCAGCUGAUGAUGUACCACCGGAUGCUUUCACUACUUGCUUCGAACUCGGUACCUGCUGAGCAAGUCUUCACUCGUUAUAGCGUCGAUAGCAGUGCCUCGUUUAGCGACAUGUUUAUUGCUCAAUUGGGAAGCAUCGAAACCGAUUUACACAGUGGAUCGGUUGAACACUCAGACUUGCCUGUUCAUGAGGGACAGGACCCGAUCGAUGAGCUGCUCGCCCACAACAGCCUUGACAAACUCUGGAGUUUGAUGAUAUCGGAGUUUCAGCUCACCAUACCAUUUUCCAAUAAGCCAUCAUCACCGUCUCCCAUCGGUGAUGUUUUGAGGGCCGAAUUCAGGGCAUCCGGCAGCGGCUCUGUCAUCGGAUCGAAGACCUUUGCGUACGAUUCUGAUGUACUAGACGCCUACCUGAAGAAGACAAUGGCUUGGUGGAACGGCGAACGGAUGCCGAAGGGUGUGGAGAUCGAAGAGGCUUUCAAGUGUCGGAUGUGCGAAUUUGCUGAAGUCUGUACCUGGCGUAAGGACAAGGUCGAAGAGGGCAUCCGCAAAUCCAGACUCCGGAAUCAGGGCAAGAAGAAGAGCGACGUUUGAUCGAUAUCAACAUGCAUAGCUGAGGCUCCGACCACGAUUCAGGAUCAAGAUUAUUAUCAAUACCGUAUCCGUACUCGGACCUAGAUACGGGCAUCAGGAGUCA